CAUUGAUUUAAAUACCAUCUAUUAUAUAACAAUGAAAAUUUAAUCAUAAAAAAAAAAACGGAUGGAAUAUCUAUUGAUUUUUUUUUCUCUACAUAGGUCUAGGUAAUUAAAGACAAUUAAGAUUGGUAAUUAUUCUUCUUUUCCUGAUUGAUUUUUUUUCCAUAACUUGUGCUUGCGAUCUGAUAAGUACCAAUGAUCUCAGGCCAAGACCCCUUAGGGUCAUAUACUUGUUAAAAUACAAGUUGACAGUAUCGAUCUUCAUGGAGUAAAAGAAAUUAAGUUGAAUUUAAUAUAAAUUGUAAAUAUUAAAAUAGGUAACUGAGGGAAUCAAAUGAAUGUGAUUUUAUCUGAUGAUUAUCUAUAUAUAAAUUAUUUUUCAGAAAUAUGGCGGAUGUAGCUCCAGCCGGUGGCCGAGGAGGCUUUAGGGGUGGUUUUGGUGGUCGUGGGGGUGGACGUGGAGGACCACGAGGACGGGGCCGUGGCCGUGGCAGAGGCAGAGGACGUGGAAAGGAAGGAGAAAAGGAAUGGGUUCCAGUUACAAAGCUAGGUCGUCUGGUCAGGGAUGGAAAAAUAAGAACUCUAGAAGAUAUAUAUCUGUUCUCUUUACCUAUCAAGGAGUUUGAAAUAAUUGACUUUUUUAUUGGACCUCUUUUAAAAGAUGAAGUGCUUAAGAUUAUGCCAGUUCAAAAACAGACUAGAGCUGGUCAGAGAACAAGGUUCAAGGCUUUUGUGGCUAUUGGCGACCACAAUGGACACAUUGGUCUGGGUGUGAAAUGUUCGAAGGAAGUAGCUACUGCUAUUCGUGGUGCUAUCAUCCUCGCUAAGCUCUCAGUCGUUCCAGUCAGACGUGGUUAUUGGGGUAACAAGAUUGGAAAGCCCCACACUGUACCUUGCAAGGUCACAGGAAAGUGUGGUAGUGUACAAGUGCGCCUUAUUCCAGCACCCAGAGGUACUGGUAUUGUUGGUGCCCCUGUACCCAAGAAACUUCUUCAGAUGGCAGGUAUUGAGGAUUGUUAUACUUCUGCCAGAGGAUCCACUGGAACACUAGGAAACUUUGCUAAAGCCACCUACGCAGCAAUCGCAAAAACCUACGCUUACUUAACACCAGAUUUGUGGCGUGAGGUGCCAUUGACUAAGGCGCCAUAUGUAGAGUUUGCGGACCACUUGGCGAAAAACCAUGCUCCGGUCAGAGCUCCAGUUGGAACUGACUAAGUGUUGUCUCCUAUUAUGUGAUCUUUCUCAGACAAAAUAAAUUGUCUAUUGGAGUUUUAUUAGUUCAUUUAUUUUUCAUCCCUUGAUUUACUUAUACCUACAAUAUUCAGUGCAUGUUUCUACAUUGAUAUUGAAAUAUACUUGACUACAAUAUUUUCCUCUUGUAAAGUUUUUAAUUUGUUUCGAGCUGCAAUAGACCAUAAUAGAAAAAAAAUUGUGUUUUAGAAAUUGAUCUACAUCAUUCGAAAUGUUUAAAAUCAUUACUGUCUGGGUUUGACAGUAAUAAUAAACCCGUUUGGGUAUAACGGGUUAAAUCGUAAUAAAUUAUUACAACUGAAAAUAAAACUUAAUGAACCUAAUGAAAC